AUGGCAUCAAAAGACGCCCAAGCCGCCGCCGUGCAAUCUGGCCAGACGAUCGCGCCGACAACGCUCAACAAUCCUCGUCGGCCUCCCGCCCACCGCUCCGUGUCGCUCUUACAUUCACAAAAGCGCCAAGCCGCUCAGCAACAGCAGGAGCAACAGCAACAGCACAAUAGCGACUCUUCCUCGCCAGACAGCAACGAUCCGAGCUCGAAAUCCUCUCCCACGGGCCUCAAGACGGGUAAAGGAAGCUCAGGCGAAAGUAGCAAUGCCGACAAAUGGUUCGACCAGUCCAACAACGAGCUCCGCGAUGCCAGCGCCACUUUCGCCGACGGCGAUCCGCCUUUCUUCAUGCGGAACUCCUCCUCAUCCGAGACUCCACCGGAAGCGCAGCGAAAUAAUGCCAAUUACACUGGUGUCGCGAGUGCACUGCCAAUGCAUGCUGAUCUGUUGAGGAUCGGUACCGAUGGAAGCAGCACAGAAGAGUAUCGCGGCGUGAUCGAUGAUCUGACGAUUGAGAACAAGAAGUUGAAGAGAAGGUUGAAGAAGUAUGAGAAGAUGCAUGACUCCCACCUGAAAGAUGAGAGGUUGUUUGAAGUCAGGAUACAUGGCCUGCCCACCGAGAAGAAACGCGAACUGGAAGAAACUCUCCGCAAGUUCGCGGAAGGUUUGGUUAAUAACGCUUUCCCAUCGAAUGGGUACAACGGACUUAUGCCAAUGUUGCCGAAGGACAAGACGGCAUCCUCGAUGACAUCUCUCCAGCAGACCGACUCGGCUUAUGCGUCAAUGUCGGCAUCAGGUCAAGGUUCAUCGAGUCUAGGCAACGAAAGCCGUCCCAUGAAGUCCUAUGCGGUUGGUCAGAACGCGGCGUCGAAACGUGAGAACAUUCACAGCUUCCUCCACCACAUCCCGGAAGGCCUCUUGCCUCAGUCCAGUCCUGUGAACAUGACUGAACGCAUGAAGAAGAAGAUUGUCGUGCGUCGCUUGGAACAGAUUUUCGCAGGCAAGGGAGCCGCGCUUGGCGGUCACCAACAUCCUCAGCAACAACAAGAGGUAUCAAAUUUGGCCGCCAGAGCCGACAAGACCGACACCGAAGCACAUGGUCGUGCUGCUGCACGAGCUGAAGGUCACCGCGAAGCCAACAUUAUGGUCGGAGAGGUUGAGGAUCCCGCCGACCCUCCUCACAGCAAAGCUUCUCAUGAAGCUUCGCCAAACAGUCACUCCGAUGUAGUCAAGGAAGCCGGCACUUCAGCACUUCGAGAAGAUCAGCGACCGACACGACCUCUGGAUCUUGACCCCCACCGUGCUCAGGUUCCUGUCGAAAAUCUUCAGUACAUGCGCCACUUGGGCUUCUCGCCAUACGACCCGAUGUCGUCCAAGUCGCCGGAAGAAGGCCACGGGUGGGUUUACUUGAAUUUGCUCAUUAACAUGGCUCAACUCCACACCAUCAACGUUACCAGCGAGUUCGUCCGCAAGGCUGUGGCGGAGUACAGUUCUCGAUUCGAGGUGUCUGCCGAUGGCCGUAAGGUACGAUGGAAGGGUGGACGAACCGUCACCCGCACGAGCAGCAGUGGUGGCGCAUCGAACAACAGUCCAUUCAAUACCGACACUACUGACGGUCAAAGUCCACGCAAACGGCCGAAGUUGACACAUCUGGAAUCCUUCCGAUCGGAAGACUCGAGGGCGCCUGCGGGUGGAGCCUCUGCCCGUCCGCCGGAAAAGAAGAUGAUGUACACGCCUCUCUUCUUCCACCGCAGCAACUCCGACGAAUCGUAUGGCUCUUCCUCAGAGGAAGAAGAAGAAGACUUGUCCUCCUAUGCUCGUGCGCCCGUGGGAGGAGAGUCCUCCGCCUUGACAUCAUCUGGCAUGCGCACUAUCGUCACGAAGAAGAAGCAGAAGCGUGAGGAUGGUCCCAUCAUAUUCUACAACAACGCUAGGUUCUGCACAGAUCUCAGCGGUGAUCGCAAGGUGGCGUACAACGCGAAUGCUCCGCCGUAUGUUCCCGCCAGCUCGAUUCCUCUGGGCAAAGCAAGACCUUUGGGAGGGACAGUGGAGGAAAGAAGGGGUCCCUUGGCAGACGCCACGGAACUCCCAGAAGCUAUGGAUCUGGACGACAAUCCCAUACCGUCAAGUAUGGAGCUAUUCUUCCCACCGACCUCACCCAUGGACGACUCUCAGGACUGGACACGGAAGGAACCGCUGGAGCUAGAGGUCACAGGUAUUGGCGGCGUAUGGCCUGCAGACAACUUCACCAUCGACGUGCAGUCUCGGCACGCGCGGUUUGAACCAUCAGCACCGCCUACAGCCGUUCAAGCUGUGCGACCCACCAGCGACCUUCCCGCGAAACUCGCCCGCAUCCUGCGCUCCUCACCAUCGCGGAAGACCAGCAGGCGCUCGCAACCGAAAGUCGCUCGCCAGAUUCUGCGCACGGCAUAUCGGCCUCUCGCGCCUGCCUCUCUACCUCCCGCCCUUUCAUUCAUGCCGUACAACUCUUCUUCAUUCGGCGACGACCAGUCCGAGUAUUCAUCCGACGAGGAGAAUCGCUCCCCAAACCCAAUGCUUGACCACCGAUCCACUCCCUCCGCCGCGCCACAGCCAGUAGGCUUGCAGUACGACUCCACCUCGGAAGAAGGCGAUGUAGAAUCGCUGUCGGAAGAUGAAUCCGAGGGCUCACUCGACCUCCUCGCUGCGGCUCGAGAGAUGGAUCCUCAAGCCGUGCGGGAGCAGGAGAGAGAGUACGACGCGAACAUGGCAGAACGGUUGGCCGAGGAGAUCCCAGCUGGCAGCUCUGCCGCUACGGCAGGUGGUGGCAGUGGAUUCAAUUCUCCGGUGCACCCUGAGUUGUUGAAAGGUCUGAGUGAAGAGUUCCGGAAGGGAAUUCGGGAGGCGCGACUGGGCAGGGGUGGCGCAGGCGUCGGUAGCGCGAUGAAAAGGGCGACGACGUCGGACAGUAUUACUGCGCUCAAGGGAGAGGAGGAUGUGGAUAGCGAUGGCGGUAAUGAUAUGCUCGAUGACUCGUGA